AUGUUGAUUUUGUGGGUUCCGCUCAGUUUACUACUCGGCGUGAUCGUGUCUCGCACUUGGAGCUCCAACUGGGCUUCGGAGUUCCCCAGAUCGACGCCGCCGCACAUUGUUUUCAUCCUGGUGGACGAUCAGGGCUUCCGGGACGUGGGCUACCACGGGUCCGAGAUCAAGACGCCCACCCUGGAUCGACUGGCGGCGCAGGGAGUCAAGCUGGAGAACUAUUACGUGCAGCCUCUGUGCAGCCCGUCUAGGAGCCAACUUAUGACCGGCAGGUACCAGAUCCAUACGGGGCUCCAGCACUCCAUUAUCCGAGCCACCCAACCCAACUGCCUGCCCUUGGACCACGUCACCCUGCCGCAGAAGCUGAAGCAAGCCGGCUAUUCCACGCACAUGGUGGGCAAGUGGCACCUGGGCUUCUACAAACGGGGCUGCCUGCCCACCCGCCGUGGCUUCGACAGCUUCUUCGGCUCGCUCUUGGGAAGCGGCGACUACUACAGCCACUACAAGUGCGAGGGUCCCGGCAUUUGCGGAUACGACUUGUACGAGGGCGAGGAAGCCGCCUGGGAGCAGGACCGCGGUUUGUAUUCCACGCUGAUGUAUACGCAAAAAGCCGUCAGCAUCUUGGCCAAUCACGACCCUCGGGAGCCCUUGUUCCUCUACUUAGCCUAUCAGGCGGUGCAUUCCCCGCUUCAGGUUCCGGCUCGCUACCUGGACCGCUACAAGGGGAUCGUCAAUCCCAACCGUCGAAAAUACGCGGCUAUGGUUUCCUGCCUGGACGAAGCCGUGCAUAACCUGACCCUGGCGUUGAAACGCUACCGUUACUACGACAACACGGUCAUCGUGUACUCCUCGGACAACGGCGGGCAGCCGCUAGUUGGCGGCAGCAACUGGCCCCUAAGGGGGAGCAAGGCCACACUGUGGGAAGGGGGCAUCCGGGCGGUGGGGUUCGUCCACAGUCCCUUAUUAGCAAAGAAAGGCACCAAGUGUCGGUCCUUGGUGCACAUUACCGACUGGUUUCCUACGUUGGUCGCCCUGGGCGAAGGGACUCUGGACGAGGACCUGGACCUGGACGGCUACGACGUGUGGGAAGCCAUAAGCGAGGGUCUCCCCUCGCCCCGCCAAGAUAUCCUCCACAACAUCGACCCUAUUUACGUGAAGGCCAAAAACGGCUCUUGGAAAGCGGGCCACGGCCUGUGGAACACGGCGGUGCAAGCGGCGUUGCGGGUGGGACACUGGAAGCUCCUGACGGGGGUUCCUGGGUACAGUGACUGGGUACCUCCGCAGACCUUCUCCACACAGCGGCUGAGCCUGCGCUGGCACAACGAGCGUGUCCGAUGGGACCGUGGCAAGUCCCUGUGGCUCUUCAACAUCACCUCCGACCCUUACGAGCGGGUGGAUUUAUCGCAGCGCUACCCGCACGUGGUCAAGAAGAUGCUCACGCGGCUGGUCCAGUUCAACAAAACGGCGGUGCGAGUGCGCUACCCGGCUAAAGACCUGCGUUCCAACCCGCAGUACAACGGGGGCGUGUGGGGUCCCUGGUACAAGGAGGACAAUGAUCCAAAACAAAGUCAUAAAUCAACUGUGGUCUCAGAAAUGAGUGAGGACUACCACUACAGACUGGACCCCAGUGAUCGCCUCAAUGGUUUGGGACAGAGGAGAAAGAGACCUAAGAAGGUGCCUCGAUUUCAUCCGUAUCACACUUAA